CUGACAAUCAGUGGAGAAAUUGAGUCGCUCCCCUAUUCCGGCACUACUAUGCCAUUCGGUAUGCAAUUUUUUGGGAGCCGAUAAUAAUCUGUAGCGUUGAGACAUGGUUCACGCUGUAGUUCGUCAAGAGUUGCCAUAUAGAUGUGUUGAGGUGGAAAAUUUGCGCUGGUCUGAAUACCAUGGUACAGCACCAUUCCUCCUCCGCUCUGGCUAGAAUGGCACUCUAUAAAAUCACCUCACAGCAUCCUGCACUUACCUCUCUCCAAUCCCCCAGACCGUCUUAUGGGCCGAAAAAAUGUGCGUUACAAUCAACAAAAGCAAUGCACGCAAACACGAGGAGCACCGUCCCACGGGCUUCAUGAGCCUACCUCCAGAAGUGCGACAGGAAAUCUACGAACUCGCCAUGACAGACCUUCCGGACACAUUCAGAGUCCCAAUCAACAGCCUCUUUGAUGAGGCAGAGCUGUCGCCGCUCACUCUCAGACCAAGAACCUUACCCCCGGUGUGCUUCCUCAAUCGGCAAGUUCACGCCGAGGCUUUGUCGAGUUUCUUCCACCGUACCGCCAUCGCCAUCACCGGCAAGAGCUGUGGACUUGGGCUACGGGCCUUUUUCCGAAAGAACGGACUUUUCGAGAGCGUCCGCAGCGUCAUCUUCGAGGAGGCCCGGCUCAUCUUCUUUCCGGAAGCCUUCGUUGCACUUUGUCCAGGCCUCCACAACCUAACGUUGACUGCACAUGCUGGAGCGCUGUAUACCUUCGACCGGGACACGCGUCGGUGGGUUGGCCGGACAGGAGCAGAGAUUGCGGCGUAUUACGGCUAUGAGAGGCUGCUCGAAAGUCCGCAAGCCUUGCGUUACUUGGUCAUAAAGUACGAAGGAUGUCGCUUCCUAUCGGCACCUAUUGGAUCGUUGCCUCCUCUAACCAACGGAGGUGCUAUCGCGGAGCCCCAGGCUGUUCUGAAGGAUCUCGUGGCGUGGUUUGAAGAAGGCUUCAAGAAGCGGGAGAGGAAUGUGAAGGUGGAGGCGCAUGUCUCGAGCUACGUCCAGCAGGCUGGGAGUCGUCAAUAAGUAUAGGGGGCUUCAAUCCAUCCGCGCUAGUCAAGGGCAGGCCACCGAGCGGCGCUCAAACGACAUUGCUUCACCUUGGCCCUGGUUUUUCGCAUUUUCCGC